GUGUGCCCCGGCUGCGGCGUCGGCCUUCAGUGCGACGACCACAACCUCCCGGGGUACUUCGUGAUCCCGCAGCGGCUGCUCGACGCGGAGGAGGAAGGGGAGGCGGACGGCGCGGCAGACGCGGACGACGGCGGCCUCGACGGCAUGGAAGCCCUCGCGGCGGACGACGACGACGACGACGACGACGACGACGACGCGAUGGAAGAUGCGAUGGAAGACGCGCUCGACGGGAUAUCCUACGACGACGACGAGACGUUCGAGCUCCCCGCGGAUUUCGACGACGGAUUGGGCGAAGACGCGAUCGAGGUCGACGAGGACGCGGCGUUGGGCGCGCUGAAUGCGAUGUUCGACGACGACGACGACCGCCGCGAUCGCGACGACGACGAGGAGGAGGAGGAGGACCGACGACGCGAGGAGAGGAAAGCGGCGCGGAAGAAGAACCCGAACCUCGUCACGUGCGCGCGGUGUUACAGCUUGCGUCACCACGGCGUCGUCAAAAACCAAGCCGCGGAGAUCCUCAUGCCGUCGUUCGAUUUCGGCCGCGUCGUCGGGAACAAACUCAAGCGCACCGGCCCGGGCGGCGCGGUGAUCCUGCUCCUCGUGGACAUCGUCGACUUCGACGCGUCGUUUCCGAUCGACGCGGUGGACUUUUUGGACCCGUACGUGAAGGACGAGACCGUGGACGUGCUCCUGGUCGCGAACAAGGUUGAUCUGUUGCCGACGCGAUGCACGCGCGCGAGGGUGUCGAGCUUCGCGCGACGCCGAGCCAAGUCGCACGGGCUGCGGAAAGCCGCGGGCGUGCACCUCGUCAGCGCGCACACGGGCAUGGGCAUCAACACCCUGAGCGAGCAGCUGAUGCAGUUGCUCGAGGACGGGAGGGAAGUGUGGGUGGUGGGCGCGCAAAACGUCGGGAAGAGCUCGCUCAUCGUCCGCCUCUCGCGACGGUUCGACGGCCCCGGCCCGGAGGACGGCGGCCCGCUCGCGAGUCAUCUCCCCGGGACGACGCUAGGGGUCGUGAAACUCCCGAAGCUGCUUCCGAACGGCACGGACGUGUACGACACCCCCGGACUCCUUCAGCCGUUCCAAGUCUCCUCGAGGCUCACGGGCGAGGAAGCGCGGAUGGUGCUGCCGCGGCGGCGGCUCUCCCCGCGGACGUACCGCGUCGAGGUCGGCGGGUCGAUCCACCUCGGCGGGCUCGCGCGCGUGGACUACCUCGACGGUCCGCAGCGGACGGUGUACCUCACCGUGUGGGUGAGCGACGACGUCGUGUCGCAUUACGUCGUCAGAGGCGAAAACGGCAAGGCGGACGCGUUGUACGAAAAACACGCGGGCGGGAAACUUUCGCCGCCGAUUGGCGAAAACCGCGUGAAACAGCUCGGGGAGUGGGGCAGUCGCACGGUGACGGUGUACGGCACGGACUGGAACACGUCCACGAGGGACAUCUCCAUCGGCGGGCUGGGGUGGGUCGGCGUCGGCGUCAACGGCGAGGCGUCGUUUCGAGUGUGGACGCACGAGGGGGUCAACGUGGAGACGAGAGAGGCGCUGGUACCGGACAUGGCGCGGGCGUUACAUCGCCCGGGGUUCAGCAACGAGCAGCAGCACAGCGGAGGGAAGGGCGGGAGUAAAGGACGGCCGAGCAAGAAGAUCAUGCGCGGUGGGGGAUACAACGCGCCGACAAAGUCAAAGCGCGGCGGCGGCGGCGGCGGCGGCGGCGAUUUUAAUUUCUGAUCGGCGAUCGUCCGUGCG